AUGCGAGAUAGGGUUAAGAAUAAGUGGCAAAUAAAGAGUCGUCUUAACGGGGUUCUACUUUUCGACAGCAAUAAGUCAACUAAAGGUGCGUCAAAGUUAAGACGAGACUUGAUUAAUGCAGAAAUAGCAAAUUUACGAGAUUUGAUACCACUACCGCCCUCUACCAGGCAGCGUCUUAGCCAGUUGCAAUUAAUGGCUCUUGUUUGUGUGUACGUGCGCAAGGCCAACUACUUUCAACAAGUUUUCCAAAGAUACGAUGUUGGAACACACAAUUCUACCACUCACAAUAUCGGAUUUUCAAAAGCACUGAGUGGAUUUUUAAUGAUGAUGACACAAAAUGGGAAACUUCUCUAUAUAUCGGACAACGCAGCGGAAUAUCUGGGACAUUCGAUGGAGGAUUUACUUAUACACGGAGACAGCGUUUACGAUAUUAUAGAUAAACAGGACCAUCAGAUGAUUCAGGCGGAAUUAGGGCACAGUGCACUGGCCCAGACGCAAAGUAAUCCGGGCAUUUUGCCUGGCCAGGAGCGCGUUAGUUCGCCAAACUCCGGGCAUAGACCGGGCAGCAUAGCGGAAGGCGAGCGAAAGAUGUUUCUAUGUAGAAUGAAUGUAUCUAGGAACGCAAGACGGCAAAUGAGAUUCGGGGAUCAAAAAAUAGUUCUAGUGCAAGGGCACUUUUUAUCGUUUCUGUCUUUGUGUAGUAGAAACGAACCCGUGUUUUUAGCCACUUGUUCGCCUGUUGCCAUGCCAGAGACUAGGGAAUGUGUAGUACAUGGCGCUACAAACGUAUUUACUACAAUACAUACAAUGGAUAUGAAAGUGCUUCACGUAGAUAAAAAUGGUGAAUUCUAUUUGGGAUUCACAAGAAGUGAACUGCAAGGAGCGUCAUGGUAUCAACUACUUCAUUGGGAAAUCGCCAGAGAAGCGCAGUCGAAGCAUAGAUUGAUAACGCAGUCGGAACAGGAUCGAUCGUGUAUUCUGCUGCUACGGAUGCAGAGGCGCACGGGCGACUGGUUGUGGGUGCAUUGCGUUCUUCAAGUUAAAGACGGGGCUGACAGCGCGCAGCAACCGGUCAUAGUUUGCACGAAUCAAGUUCUAAGUGAUCGAGAAGCGGCAGUUUUGCGCCUGAAUGGUUGGCUGUAUAGUUUCUACUCUGUACAAAAUAAGUUGCAAUACGAGCUUUCCUACGAUGUACAAAAAUCAGGCGGAUCACAGCAUUCGGGAUCUGCCUAUGCAUCGACUGCCUAUUACCCAGGACAUAUGAGUAUUCCUGCACAGCAUCAAUUAACUCCAGGUAUGCAUAUUUAG